CCGCCAAUCAGAAGACGAGCUAGGCCUGGAACGAACUGGCCUUGCUGGGGCUGGUGGGUAUCAACAGCCUCAUGCAACCCGACUGCAAGCUUCCCGUCGUCUGUUCUGUUCUGUGUUUACUUGCUGUGUUACAGCAGACUUCAUCCCACCACAAAAGACUCCAUUCUUGAAGCUGCCAAUGGCCACCAAAAAGUCCAAGGCCGCCGCGCCAACUGACGAUGAGUUGAACAAGCUGCUCGAGGGCAUUGGAGAAGAGGGAGCAGCAGCUCCAGCCCCGACAUCCAAGGGAGCUUCCAAACCAGCAAAGCCAGCUGCCCAGUCACAGUCCGAGCAGGACUUACUGGCUGAGUUGGACAACCUGGAGAAUCUAGGAGCUCAACCACCCUCCAGACCACAUACACCUCGCAUCCAGUCCAUCAAACGGACUGCGACUGGAACCCCUCCACCACAAUCAUCACGAACAAGUGAGGAGAAGGUAGCCGGUCCCCGGCCGUCGGGCGAUAGCACACGAUCAUUCCAUAAUUCAUUCACACCUUCUGCCACAAGCAGUGACCUGCAAGAGGCAGAGAAGAAAGCUCCAAUUGCCCAGCCAGCUGAGGAGGUCCCGGCUGCAAGUGGUGGUGGAUGGUGGGGGAGUGUGUUUGCUACCGCAACUGCUGCUGUCAAGACCGCCGAAGCUGCCGUGAAAGAGAUCCAACAAAAUGAAGAAGCAAAACGAUGGGCAGAGCAAGUAAAAGGAAAUGUUGGAGUACUGAGGGGGUUUGGUGGUGAACUCCGCUCUCGCGCCCUCCCAACCUUCACCAACAUCCUCCACACCCUCGCCCCUCCCAUCUCCUCCCACGAACGCCUCCAAAUCCACAUCACCCACGACUUCAUCGGCUACCCCUCCCUCGACCCCCUCAUAUACUCGACCUUCUCCCGUGUAAUGGCUCAAGUGGAAGGCGGCGACCUCCUCGUCAUUCAGCGCGGCCACGAAUCCACCGCCCGACGUAACUCAGAAGCAGGCUACUCAGGCGGCAGCGCAGGCUGGAGCGACGGCCCCUGGUGGCGCCAAAACAACGAACAUCGCGACCUAGGCUCUGUGAAAGGUCUCGUCGAAGGAACAAAACUCGUACGUGUCAGCGCAGAAGCUUACGCCAAUGAAUAUUUCUCUUCUCACGGCGGCCUGGAAGCUGCAGCGCAACGAGCGACCGAGAACCCGAGUGAAACCAACCCCGUACGAAGCAGUGAUAUUUUCCUCGCCGUACAAGCCAUCUCGCAUGAUGCCCCAGAGGAAUUGUUCCAGGGCCCAACGAAAGAGAAAGAUGAAUCCGGCGCCGUGGUAGAAGAUAAAGAGAAGGCAGACGAACUCAUCUCCUUCGCUCUGUAUCUCCACGAUCCAGUACACAGCAUCACAUUCUACACGGUUUCUCAAUCUGUCCCCGCGAAAUGGAUGAGAUGGCUUGACGCUCCUUCACCUAUGAUGCCUGCAUCUCCUACUUCUCCCAGUGGAAGUGAAAAGAAAGCUGGAUUCUUUGGUAAUGAGGCAGAGGGAUACCAGUCAAAUCUCCCUGAGGAGAUUGCGGAGAUUAUUGAGAGUGGAGGUGUUGAUCCGAGGGAGUGGGUUGCCGAGUGGGUUGAGGAGAUCCUGACGCUGGGGACGGGUGUCGUUGCGCAGAGGUAUGUGGCUAGGAGGAUGGGCGUGGGUGAGGGAGGAAUUGGAAAGGGAAAGGCGAGGCAAGAGGAGAUUAUGAGUGAUGGUGGUGGGGAGGCUGCUAGAGCGGGAUUGUUCUGAUAGUGUUCAAGAGGUGUUGUUUCCAGCGAGUUCUUGGAAUGGGGAGGAUGGCGUUUUGUCAUUUGGUGUGCCUGUCAGUUUGUAUUGGGAUGGAUGCAUUCAUACAUUCUUCGUACUCUCUUCGAAGAGACUCUUAGUGCUUGUUAUUUCUGUUCUCCUGCCUCCCGCACUUGGUUUACAAGCGUUCCAGAAUACACUACAAUCCAAUACCAAUACCAUUCAAUAUCCCAAACCUCUUUCUCCCGCAUUCAGCAUUCAACACAUUCAAAGUCAAAUUCAAGGGAGAAACAGAUACAUGAUACACAAUACACGCUCUCCUUCCCAAACCCUGUCCGAUCGUCAAUCUACCUGCCUAUUAUCCCAACCAAGCAAACGACCAAUCAAUCAACCGACCGUCCCUCUCGUGUCCAUAAGAGCAACUGACUGCGAGCUAGCUACCUUGUGGCUCUUGAAUAUCCAUCAUACAUACCUAGGUACCUACCUACCCCAUGGAGCGAGCGCACUUCAGAGCUUGAGCUCCGUGAUUCUAAAAGCAAAAACAUAAACAAAAAAGUGGGGCAGUUAGCUGUAGCUGAGAGGGUGGUGUGUGUGAGGCGCGCGUUUAUUUAAAUUUAUCUACAGUCGGUCGGUAGCCAGAGCUACAGGAACAGGAACAGGAAUAGGUACAUCCUCAACGAGUCACGCAUUACAGAUAUGAGUUACGGGCCGGGUGAGAUGCCGUUAGAACAUAUCAUCUCAUCUCAGCUCAUCUCAUCUCGAUUCAUUUAUCCUCCUUCUUCCCAUUCUCCAGCGCCGGACAUGGUGUUCCCAUCUACUCCUACUCCAGCCAUAGAUAACUCUCUUUACAGUAAGUAAAUACAAAAGAAGAUACUAUCCUGCCCUUUCAUUUCAUUUCAACUCAACUCAACUCAACUCAACUCAGCUCAAAACCAAGCGCCUCAGAGACCAAUCUACCACCCUUUCCUUGCCUUCCGUUCCUCUCCCCCUCUCCUUCCCUCUCUUCCAAUCCCAUUUCUAUGCAUGCCUAUUCAUGCGUAUUCAUGACUAUCCAUCUACACCCAUACAAGACAGGAGUAUAUCCAAGAAAAAUCGCGACGAGGAAUUUUGUGGAUUUAAUGGAUGAACUAAUAAAUGAACGAAUAAACGAAUGAACGAAUGAACGAAUG